GUGUUUUGGGACAGGGAGGCAACUUUGUAACAAAAAUUGUUGGCAAGAAGUUUUAGGCUACGAAACUGAGGGACAAGGCUGCGCCCGAGUCUCCUGACUUGUAUUCUUCCUCCUAAUAGCCAAGUGUCUGCUUCUCUGCGGUCAACAUGGCCAAACAGUAUGCAGAUUCCACCAGAGAACACACGAAGAUUAAGAGUGAACCGACCCCAGGAUUCCUGCAACGUCUCAGUGACACCGCCGGGGGGAUGCUGGUUGGCCUUGUUGCUUUCACACUUUCAUUCUAUCUCCUGUUCACCAAUGAGGGUCGGGCAGUGCAGACGGCUGCUUCUCUAGAUGAGGGACUUUCAGUUGUGGUUCAUAUAGGAAAUAUCCAACGUGUCGACCCACUAAAUGAAGCAAAAUUGUUGCACUUGACUGGUCCCCUGGAGACAUCAAAGCCUCUUUUUGACCCAAACUAUGGGGUUUCCAUGCAUUGCGUACAGCUGAAGCGCCAAGUGGAGAUGUACCAGUGGGUGGAGUAUGAAGAAUCUAAGGAGUAUGAAGAAGGUGGUGAGAAGAAGACAGAGACUAGAUAUACGUACAACACUGAAUGGAAGUCAGAAGUUGUCAGCAGCCGACAUUUUGACAGAGAGAUUGCCCAUCGGAACCCUAGUGCCAUGGCAGUAGAGUCCUACACAGCAGUGGCUGUAGAUGUUCAGGUUGGAAACUACUACUUAUCUAAAGGGCUGAUUAAUAAGGUUGACAACUUUAAGCAGCUGAGUCUGUCUCAGAUCAAGAAUCCGCACGCUGAUGUCAUCACUGAAGGAAAUUACUUUUAUCAGAGCACAGAUCCCAAAAAUCCAGAGGUGGGGGAUUUGCGAAUUUCAUUCUGGUACGCUGGCGUUUCUAUGGGAGGCCCAACAUUUGGAUCAGUUGACAUGGUGAGCAUCAUAGCCCGGCAGCGAGGAGGAGAACUGGUGUCUUACAAGACCAAAUCUGGAGACCAACUGGAGCUUCUGUACAUGGGGAGUCACACAGCAGAGGAAAUGUUCCUUGCAGAGCAUCAGAGCAAUAUAAUGAUGACCUGGGCUCUGCGUGCUGCCGGCUGGCUGAUGAUGUUCUUAGGUGUAAGCCUGAUGACAAAGAUUGUCCACACUCUAGUGGACUGGUUUCCUAUUGUCCGUGAUCUUGUCAACCUGGGCCUCAAGCUGUUUGCCUUAUGCAUCUCUGCGUCUCUCACUCUGCUGACCAUCGCAUCAGGUUGGUUGUUCUAUCGACCACUGAUGGCCUUGCUGCUAAGUGGUGCUGCCCUUGGCAUAAUUCUUCUUGCUCGAACCCGUGUCCCUGCAAAGAAAUACCAAUAGGGCCACUUUCCUGCUGGAGUCUUGAAGCUGAAUGUACUGGUACUGAGGUUACAAUGCUACAAUCUCAGACUUUGGCCGCUUAUAACAAUAAUGUGUUCACUGUUAAACUUUUUGUGUUUAGUUUUUUUUUUUUUUUUUUUUUAAAUACUGUUUACUUUCUUUCCAUGUGGGUAUUGAAUAACUUUGCUUUAGCUAUCUUGUAAUGAAUUACAUAAAGAACUCCAUUCACAUCUAGAGCAGCCUUUUAGAAUUCUCCUGGUUUACAGCUGGGUCUUCAUGACCUCAACAUCUUUCUAAUGACCCUAGCUUUUUCAGCUUUAGGGUGCGUUCCCACCUGGCGUAUACGCAGCGUAUGUCACGCUGCGCAAACUUUGCGGCAGC